AUGGCUAUCCGCGAGGAUCUGGUCGCCUCGGCGGCGCAGUUCCUCAAAGACCCUAGUGUCGCUGCGUCACCGACUGAAAAGAAGAUCGCAUUUCUGCAGGCGAAGAACCUCACUCAAGAAGAGAUUAAUGCUGCGCUCGCACGCGCUGGCGUGACGCCCCCUGUCCCAGCGUUUGGUCAGCCGCCUGUCGCUCCUGGGCAGCCUUCGGCCUAUUAUGGCCAGUAUCCCCCCUCCUACCCGCCGUAUGGAUGGCAGCAACCGCCGGACCAGCCUCCUAGGAGAGACUGGCGUGACUGGUUCAUCAUGGCUACAGUGGUUAGCGGCGUCAGCUAUGGCCUGUACCAGCUUGGCAAGCGCUACAUCUACCCUCUGAUUGCUCCCCCGACCCCCGAGCGUUUGGAGCAAGACAAGCGUGCGAUCGACGAGCAGUUCGAGAAAGCCUUCGCCCUGGUCGAUCAGCUGGCCAAGGACACAGAGGAGCUCAAGGCGGCCGAACAGGCGCGCACCGAGAAGCUGGACAACCAACUCUCGACUCUCGACACCGUGAUCAAGGAUCUGCAGAGCAACAACAAGUGGCGGACAGAUGAGACUCGCCGCCUGCGUGAAGAACUCCAGAAUCUCAAGGACAAUGUGAUCCCGCGUGCCCUCAACAACCAGAAGGACCUGACCGACCAGCGUCUGCGCGAGGUCAACGCCGAGCUCAAGUCUCUCAAGACCUUGCUCACUCAGCGCAUGCAGACCCCUGCCGCUGCCGCCGCGGUCCCGACUGCCACUGCCAUCCCUCGUCCUCCUUCUGUCGCCUCGUCUUUGGUUAACGGUGCUACUUCCUCCGCUACUACUCCCGCCGCCGCCGCCGCCGCCGCCUCCGUUGAGACCGCUCCCGCUAUGGAGAGCAAGGAGGCUUCUGCUGCGGCUGACCCGCUCCUCACCAAUCGCUUCUCGCCCUUCAGCUCUGGUCUCCCCCCUCGUGCCUCGAUACCUGCUUGGCAGCUGGCUGCUUCCAAUAAGAGUAGUAGCACUGCCGGCAGCAGCACCACGGCUAACAGGUUGUCGGGCGGGUCAUCGUCGUGGUCGAACCCGAACAACGGUGAGAAGGGCCCCUCGUCUACGAGCAGCAAGGCUGAGAGUCAGACUGCGCACGAGAGCGGUUCGGAGAGCAGUGGUAGCAGCAGCAACUAA